AUGGAGUGCGUGUUCGGUCUAGUCGGGAAUGGAUUCGCCAUCGUUGCAGCGGAUACAUCGGCGGUUCACAGUAUCCUUCUCCACAAAAACAACGAGGACAAGAUCAUGGUACUUGACUCCCACAAGCUCGUCGCCGCCAGUGGCGAGCCAGGUGACCGUGUUCAGUUUACGGAGUAUGUUCAGAAGAAUGUGUCGUUGUACAAAUUCCGAAAUGGAAUCCCUUUGACUACCGCAGCCGCCGCUAAUUUCACUCGCGGUGAGCUCGCCACUGCGUUGAGGAAGAAUCCAUAUUCGGUGAAUAUCCUGAUGGCUGGCUACGACAAUGAGAGCGGUGCAUCUCUUUACUACAUCGACUACAUUGCAACUCUUCACAAAGUUGACAAGGGAGCUUUUGGUUAUGGUUCCUACUUUUCCCUCUCCACAAUGGACAGGCAUUACCGCAGCGACAUGUCUGUGGAAGAAGCAAUCGAGCUGGUUGACAAAUGCAUACUUGAGAUCCGAUCAAGACUGGUCAUUGCACCACCAAACUUUGUGAUCAAGAUUGUCGACAAAGAUGGAGCUCGUGAUUACGCUUGGCGUCAAUCCGUAAAGGAUGUUACUACUGCUGCUGUCUGA